GAACUAUACCUGUUUAUUACUUCGCUCCAGUAAACCAGCAAACACCCGACCUUGUGCACAUUACACAUGGCGUGUAUACGUUUUUAUAUAUUAUGAUAUAAACUGUAAAAUAUUAUAUCGCCGAUAAACAGAAUAUGAGUUCCGAAAACCAGGUGGGUGGUAAACGAGGACAAUCCGUACAACCUCCUAAUGGUCAACACGGACAACCUGAUGAAGGUCAGUCCGGACAACCCGAUGGUGGUCAACCCGGACAACCUGAUGAUGGUCAACCCGGGCAACAGACUUCUGCACAAAAUGAAUGCACAUCCGGCGGCAUAUCAUCUGGAGACAAGAUUAUCACCCUUCAAUCACUCCAAAAGGAAAUAGAAAAUCUAAGGGCUGAGCUGACUGAAGAAAGGAAAAGAAGAAUUUCUUUAGAAACAAUAGUUACUAGACCAAAAGUGGCAUUUUAUGCCAGAGUCUCAACGCCCAUUGUCGGUAUAGCACCCUGGGCAACCAUCGUAUUUUCUGACGUGGAGACAAAUAUAGGAGGAGCCUACAACAGUAAGACUGGAGAAUUUGUGGCACCAACUGCAGGCCUAUACGUGUUCUUUUGUACCAUUCUUUCUGGCUGGAAUCUUAUAAUUGAAUCAGUUCUUCAGGUCAAUGGAACAAACAAGAUGCAUAUUUAUUCAGGCUCGAAUUUCCAAGGUUCUGGGAGCAAUAGGGCACUAUUACAGCUGAAUACUGGGGAUGUUGUAAGGAUGGCUAAACACGGGCCCUGGGGUUCUAAGCCCUUCACAGUUCACAAUUGCUGGAGCACAUUCUCCGGUUACUUACUGUAAACUAACAAGAGUAAACUAACUUUCACGGCGUGUUAUACGAAAUUUGCCUUGAAAUAAUGAAAAUUGUUUACUGUAAGUAUCAUUGAUCCUGCUGUAUGCAACACUGUAAGUCUUCACAAAAUGCAAAUUAACAUUUUUUUUUUGGUAUUGAGAUGUACACACGCUCAUGAAUAGUUUACAAUAUAUAAUUAUCAAAUUGGGCGAGAGAUAAUUACAUACGAUAAUGUAUUACAUUGUGAUCAAAUUCAUGCAGAUUUUUUCAUACAAAAAUGAAAUUGCAAUCGUUAGAAGCACAAACUGCCUGCAAAACUUGAAGUACAUGAAUUUAAUUUUAUUUGUAAACACUCAAGAAGAGUGAAAUGCAACAUCCUGGUCUUGUGAUACCCGAUAAAUGUGCACGCAGAACUCGUAUUGUAAUUGUUCAUAAACUUCUUCGGAACCUAUGCAACUCAUAUUCGAAUGCAUAUCAAAUACUAAAAAAGGCUUGUUUAUUAUAUACUUUAUAAUGAUUUAUCGAAAAGUAUUGAUGAAAUAAAAAGCAUAUUAAAUUUUGAUUACAAGCUGUGAUAUAUAAUCUUUAUUUUCACUGUUGUAAAAUAUGUUUUCACAUUAAAUCAUUUAGUAUAAUAAAGAGAAACAAGAUAUGCCAAAAGCAUCCUUGAAUUUUGCCGCUUUACAACAUCCCAAACUGUAUCUGCAUACUAUUUUGCAAGGCUCGUUGGAUGUAAAUCUUGAAAUUGUGCCACCAAGUAAACAUCAUUAAAAACAAA